AUGGUGGACUCAUCUCAAACAGAGCCAACAUGGCCGGAACUUCUCGGCCGCGACGACUGGAAUGGCCUCCUCAACCCUCUAAGCCUCAGCCUCCGUCGCCUAAUCCUACGCUGUGGCGACUUCUGCCAAGCCACCUAUGAUGCCUUCAAUAAUGAUGAGAACUCCAAGUACGCUGGCAGCAGCAGAUAUGGCAAGAACUCAUUCUUUAACAAAGUCAUGCUUGAACCAGCUUCUGAUUAUCAAGUCUACUGUUUCCUCUACGCAACUGCGAAAGUCGACUUCUCUCAAGCUCUCUUCUUGCAUUCCCUGUCAAGAGAAGCCUGGGAUCGUGAAUCAAACUGGAUAGGAUACAUUGCUGUGACGACCGAUGAAGUUAGCCGAGUACUGGGCCGUAGGGAAGCUUAUGUCGUUUGGCGCGGUACCUCGAGGAAUUACGAAUGGCUUAAUGUGUUGGGAGCUAGACCAGAGUCAGCCGAGCCAUUGUUGCGCCCUAAACCGUGGGAAAAGAAGAGCCCAGAUGACAGUAGCAGUAGUGAUGAAGAUGAGAAUGAGCCAAAAGUGAUGAACGGUUGGCUUACAAUUUACGUUUCUAAUGAUCCCAAUUCAUCUUUCACAAAAUUGAGUGCAAGAGAACAGCUUUUGGCAAAGAUCAAUGCUCUGAGAGAGCAGUAUAAAGAUGAAGAUCUGAGCAUAACAUUAACAGGACAUAGUCUUGGGGCAAGUUUAGCAAUUUUAUCAGCAUUCGAUAUAGUCGAAAACGGGGUCACUGAUAUCCCAGUUUCUGCUAUUGUUUUUGGUAGUCCUCAAGUUGGGAACAAGGCUUUCAAUGAAAGAUUGAACAAAUAUCAAAAUCUGAAUGUGCUGCAUAUCAAGAACAAGAUCGAUCUGAUUCCGCAUUAUCCGAGUCGAUUACUGGGAUAUUCUAAUACUGGAAUCGAGCUGGAGAUUGACAACAGAAAAUCUCCAAAUUUAAAGGACUCGAAGAAUCCGAGUGACUGGCAUAAUUUGCAGGCUAUGCUGCAUGUUGUGGCGGGUUGGAAUGGUAGUGAAGGGGAAUUUGAACUGAAAGUGAAAAGGAGUUUGGCUUUGGUGAAUAAGUCCAGUGCCAUUUUAAAGGAUGAGUAUUUGAUUCCAGGUUCUUGGUGGAUUGAGAAGAAUAAAGGGAUGGUUCUUGAUCAAAAUGGAGACUGGAUUUUGGCACCACCAUCGGACGAGGAUCGACCAGUGCCUGAAUUUUGA